UUAAGAUGACGUUGUGAUUAGUCCUGAGGCUUUAGGGGCUUUUGCCUUUUAAUGUGGUUUUGUAAUUGUAUGCACAUUGUCAUUUAUUUCAGAUUACUGAUCUGCAUUGAUCCUUUGGAACUGUUUUUAUUGUGUUUUGUAGAUGGGAGAAAGCUGUGCACUGGUUCUCGUGACAACUGUAUGUGCCUGUGGGAUAUAGAAUCUGCAAAAUGUGAACAGAGACACAACAUUUCGAGAAACCUGGUGACUCAUGUGUGUUGGAUUCCUGGCAGCUCCUCUAUAGCUCAGACCUCCGAGGAUAAGACCAUAAGGGUGUGGGACAGCCGCGCAUGGCAGGUGACCAAUACCUUUCCAGCCAAGCAAUACAUCCAGACCCACUGUGACGUUUCAGCAAAUGGCAACUACUUGGUGUCCAGCAGCAACGGCUUUGCAGGCCAGGGGGCUGAAGCCACGCUUUGGGACCUGCGGCAGCCCGGCUGUAAAGUUGUGGAGUACAGAGGUCAUGUCCAGACCACCGCCUGCUGUAUGUUUCUGCCUACACCUCCUAGUGGCACAGCUCAGGUAGCAACAUCCUCCCAUGACUGUUCCAUUAAAAUCUGGGAUCAGAACACAGCAGUCUGUUUAGGGACCUUGUCUCUGGAUAGUGCUGGGCCACUAAUUUGUCUGGCUCCCACUGACUCCGCCGAUCUGCUGUGUGCCAGCUUCAACAACGGCCUCCACCAUAUCCAGGUGGGCCACGGCUCAAACCAGGCUCAGGUUUCUGGGGAAGGUUUAGGUGGAGCUGGUAGCCUGGACAUGAAAGUUGUGGCACGCUUCUGACAGCCCAGAAGAGCCUGGUGUGACUCGUAUGCUCAUAACCCAGACCUGCGAACGACCAGUGACUCUGAGAGCAGUAUCACGGGAUAUGGACGUCAUGUCAGUGUUUUUUUUUUAUUUUUACAAUUUUACAUAUUUCAAUAGACACUUUUGCUUUACUAGACAGCCAUACAGUGAAUAAUGACAGAAGAGAUCAGUAAGAAAAAGAGUGGAUGAUAAUGACAUGUACGGAGGAUGCACCUUUUGUCCAGCAACGCCACCUGGAUGCCCAUCGUAGCUGCUCUUCAUGGGGAAUGGUCUGUAAGUCACAUUACCCAUUAAUUGAUGAGACUAUAAAAAUCUAAGUGAUCCUGCUUGGAUUACUGCCUUCUUGGACAGAACCAGCAUAGCUGGGGUUUACUCUUGGUUUUGUACACCACUUCAGCUAGGUGGAUUUGACGAGAUGCUUCAUGUUGUAUUGCCUUUAUUGGUGGUGUUGACUACAUGUUUGGAGGACAGCCUAACGGGGCAGGAGUACUGUUGUGAUGUGGAAGCCCUCUUAGAGCAGGAAAACCAGCUAUUUGGUCAGCUGUACAAUGAUUUUUCCUGGGUAAAACUUAGUAGGUGCAGUCAGUCUUAUUUGUAAAACACGUUGUUUUUAUCACUAAACCGAGUAAUGCUAGACACAUGUAUGUUGAUAUGUAACCAUCGAUUAGUUUGUACUUUAGCUUUAACCUGUCAGGUGUUGGACCAAAUUGAAACUUAUGACACAAGACUGUAUAAAAAUUAGCUUUUUUUAGGUACAAUUCUAUUCAUGUUUUUUAAAGAUACAUAUUCCAAUAUUUUUGAACUGAAGCUGCCGAUAGCUGAUGAAUGAUGCCGAUAUCCAAUGUAUUUAAAUUU